AUGAUAAAAAAAGACAAGCACGUGAUCACAGAGCCAAUCAACAGCGAUGGCGACACUGUACUUCAUAUAAUGGUUGCGAUCGAUAUCAAUUAUUUUGUCAAUGAGAUGUUAUCAUUAAUCGAAGAUGCAAAAUCAUUACCUGAAAUGAAAAAUAAAAAUGGAAGCACAGCCCUUCACAUUGCUGCAAUGGUUGGCAAUACACGUGCAGCAAAGCUCUUGAUUAAAAAAAACAAAGAUUUGCUGGAAACACAAGACCUUAAACUUGAAAGACCUUUGCAUAAAGCUUUUGAAAAUAUGCAUCUUUCUACCGUUGAAUACUUGUUGAAAGCAGCCAAUGAUGAUCGAAAAACUAAGAAAACGUCUACCCCUUUAGAUAUAAGGAAAGGCAUCAACCUUCUAGUUAAUGCUGUUUCUGCAAAGAAGUAUGAUUUAGCAAAGGAGUUGAUCAAAAACUAUCCUGAAUUUGCUGCAACAGACGAUGAUGUACUGAUGGCAAUAGCUAAGACCUUUCCAAGUGGGCUAGACUAUUGGGAAACACUUAUAUAUCCAAUUGCACCCAUUGGCAAUAUCGAGAAGAAAUACAAGGAACCCCAAGAAGCAGAAGAAGUUCUAAAAUUGGUAUGUAAUGAAAUAAACAAGAAGUUGGAGUUCCCUGAUGCUCAUUCACGCUAUUACACCAAUCCAUUUCUCGAAGCCGCACGUCAAAACGCUUAUCAGGUUGUUAAUGAGAUUUUAAAGAGAUCCCCUAAAUCAAUUCGGUAUACAGAUAAAAGCGGGUAUGACAUCAUACAGUUAUCCGUAAUACACCUUUCAGAAAAGAUCUACGAGCUUAUCUAUGAACUUGGGAGGGCUAGGAAAUUCUAUAAAAUGGUGGAAGAUUCUUCUAAGAACAAUAUGUUACACUUGGUGGGAAGAUUAGCUCCUUGGCAUAAACUAAAGCUUCGCACUGGUGCAGCAUUACAACUACAAAGAGUGCUUCAAUGGCGUGAGAAAGUGAAGAUGAUGGUAUCUCCGGCAUACCAUACUAAAGAAAACAUUUUUAAUGAGACACCGGAUUUGGUAUUCACAAACGAACACAAAAACUUGAUGUCGGAAGCAGAAACGUGGAUGAAAACCGUAGCAGAAUCAUGCAACAUCACUGCAGCGCUGAUUACCACAAUUGUAUUUGCGGCAGCAAUUACAGUACCAGGUGGAAACCAUCAAGAUAAUGGCUUCCCCAUGUUUGCAGGACAGAUUCCCUUCAUGAUCUUUGGUGUAUCGGUUGCAAUCUCACUAUUUGCAUCGAGUACAGCAUUACUAAUGUUCCAGUCCAUCCUCACUGGCCGAUUUUCUGAGCAAGAUUUUCUUGUAAGUUUGCCGAGACGAUUGAUUAUUGGUCUUUGCACCUUAAUGAUAUCAACAACUACCAUGAUGGUGGCCUUCAGCGCAACCUUGUUACUUGUAUUUUGUCAUGGAAAACGUUGGUUGCUUGCUCCGACAUGUGCAUUAGCUUUCCUCCCGAUUGCAUCUUUUAUCACUGUUCAAAUCCCCCUGAUGGUAGAUCUAUUUCGGUCAACAUAUGGGCAGAUCGAGUAUAUCUUUGAAAAGUAUAACCUCGAAAACGGCAUUACAUUUAAUUUGAAUGACAUCCGCCUGUUUUUUAGCGAGUGA